UCAUUAUUAUUUAUUAUUUGGGAGAGGAAAAUGCUUAAGGUUAAUUAACUAAAUACUCCUUUAAUUAAACUCUAAUUUAUUUUUAUUUUUAUUUUUUUUGGAACAAAUAACGUAUUUUGAAGAUCUAAGGUAAAAGGUCUACCAAAUGAACCAACACCUUAUUGCUUAAUUGAUACUCGUAAUUUGGUAUAAUUUAUAUGUAUAUGAUCACCUAAAACAAAAGUCAAUAACUUUAUGCGUUUGUACACGUAGGCAUGUGUCAUAAUAAAUCAACAAGGGUCGAUGUCUAGCUAGAGGAAAACUUCGCAAUCGUAUUAUUUACGUUGUACAAUACUUUUAUACUCCAUGCAAAUAUAUCAUCAAAACUUAGCUGCAUGAUGCAAGUUGGCCACUCAAGUUUCUAUCAAACUACCCCACUUUACAUUUUAUGCACAUGGAGAAAACUGAAAAAAAAAUUAUAUAAAAUAAAAUCAGCUUGUCUUAAACAAGCUAAGGCAAGCAGAUUUAUUUGAAUCAAAUAGCUUAGGCACACAUAAAUUGAAUAAUGCACAAAUUAAACUAUAGUAUAUAGUUACAUUAUUAUUUUGUAUAUAAUUCAUAGUUUUUGGAUAUAUAAUAGAUUGUGUAACAUAAUAUGAAGAUGAUGAGCUUAAAUGAGCUGCCUGAAGAUUGUGUCUCUACAAUUCUUUCCCUUUCCUCUCCAUGGGAUGUUUGCCGGUCUACGGCGGUGUGUUCCGAGCUCCGGUCAGUGGCUCAGUUGGAUUGUGUAUGGGAGAGCUUCCUACCAUCAGAUUACCAUGAGAUAGUUUCAAGGGCUGGUCCGGAAUUGCUUAAGUGGGAUUCAAAAAAAGAGUUGUUCUUUUUGCUUUGCAACUCUCUUCUCAUAGAUGGUGGUAACAAGAUUUUUAAUUUAGACAAGAUUACUGGACUCAAAUCUUAUGUAUUAUCAGCAAGAGAUCUGUCAAUUGCAUGGGCUGAUGACCCAAUUUAUUGGGCCUGGAAACACACUCCUCAAUCAAGGUUCAAGGAAAGCGCGGAACUAAGAACCACAUCAUGGUUAGAUAUCCAAGGUUAUUUGAAACUUAAUAUGCUAUCACCAAACACAACUUAUGGAGCAUAUCUAAUUUUCAAAGUGUCUAAACGUGCAUAUGGGUUGGAAAUAAUGCCUAUGGAAGUAUCAAUUGAAGUGGGUAGUGAUGUGGUGAGCCAUAAUACUGUGUAUCUUCGCCAAGAUGAAGGAAAGAAGCAUCAAAUGCAAUGGUUAAUAUACUAUAAUCGAACGGAAAUUCUUGCAUCAAGGGUCAAUCAUGGGUCGGAGGAUAGUAAUUUAAAACUUCCAGGUGCACGCGGUGAUGGAUGGAUGGAAAUCGAGUUAGGACACUUCUUUUAUGGUGAGUCUGGUGACUCUUGUAGAGAUGGUAAGGUUGUGAAGAUGAGUAUGAAGGAGAUUAAAGGGCAUCAUUUGAUGGGUGGCCUUAUUGUUGAAGGGAUUGAAAUAAGGCCUUUACUAUAGUCUAUAGAUAGGUUUCAAUUUUUUUCUUGAAGCUAUUAGAAUUUUCUUUUGUACAAUCUAUAAAAGAAGUUAAUGAUUUUAUGAAUUUUUACUUCACACAA